AAAACGAGAAAAAAAAUGAAAGACAGAAAUCCCAUGACCCAUCUCUCUUGGCGAUCCCCAUCUCUCUCUCCCCCCACGACCUAUGGCGGCCGAUCCUCCCUUCGUCCCCAAAUCGACGGAACCUUUGCCGUCUCCGCCUCCCCAUUCCCCACCUCCUCCGCCCGGUCCCCAGACGCGGCGCGACGGGCAUGGAGGUCGACGACGCGGUGCCGCGCGACGGGGCGGGGGCGGGGAGCAACCCCGCAUCCGGCGACUGGAGGAGUCGGUGGUGAACCGCAUCGCCGCGGGGGAGGUGAUCCAGCGGCCCUCGUCGGCGGUAAAGGAGCUCGUCGAAAACAGCAUCGACGCCGACUCCUCCACCAUCUCCGUCACCAUCAAGGACGGCGGCCUCAAGCCCAUCCAGGUAUCCGACGGCGAGCACGGCACACCGACGGCGAGGGUUAGGAUAUAUACGAGGGAGUAUGCCGCGCCCCCUCCCUCUGCCAACGGUGCGGCAACAGGGCCUCCCUGCAAGGCCAAGACACCCCUCGCUCACGGUCACGGUGGCCGCCGGCGACGACUACGCCGAGGGGGAUAUGCAACAGUUCCUACUUCCUCCUACCUCGUUUCAGAAAUAGAUGAUGGUGUAGAAAAUGUAUUUUCAAGUUUGUCUCACAGGAUUCAAUUAAUCAAGUUCCUCAUAUCUGAUCACAUGAAAAAUUGGCUAUGUUGCGAGCAAUUUGGCAAAAAAAUAUUUGUAGAAUGGGCCAGAUCUAUUCUGAAGGCACGCAAGGACCUGGAAAUCCUCGAAAACAUAAAUGCGUUGUAUGUGGUGUACAUUGAGGGAGUGGUGGGAAGGUUGGCGAGGGAGGUGGCUUCUCCUGCUCACCAGGGGAAGCUGGACCUGGAUGUCUUUUCCAAACUUCUGUGCUGAUCACUUCCAGCCUCAGACUUGAAAACGUAUUACUCAUAAGUUACUUGACAGACCUUUUUACAGUUCGUUUUUACACCAGAAAAUUGCUAAUAAAUCUAUUGUUUUGCUGUUAUUCUGGAAGCACAUAUUGUUCCAUUGUCUUUCACUCACAUAUUCAUCAAUCAUGUUCAUCACAUCAAUUUCAGGAUGCUUACCUAAAGAAAGAUUGUCCAGAAAGCUGGCGUUCUGUAAUUUCUGUUCGCAAUUGAACAGUCAGAACCAAGACAUAACCAAAGAAUGUUUAAUUAUUCCAUCUUGGGAAUGUGUAGUUUUUUAAAGCGUAGUUACGGCAAACCAGUUUGCUAUAACAAAGUAAAUAUCAUUAAUUGUUCUACUUAGACUUAGAUAUGCUGAUUCUAGUCUAUAAAGAAACUUGCGACUCUAUGGGUAGAUCUAACACUGGCAGCCCGUGAUUCAUAAAUAUUUCUAACAGUGGCACCUUUCACUUUGUAGCGUGCUUUGCACUUCUUGUCUUCUAUUGUGCAGAGGAAGAGGAUGAGAAGAAACUUGUGGUUCUCAUCCAAUCUUUGUGGAACUCUCUUUAUGUGCGAUUCUGCACUUGUUGGGUUCUUUUUCUGUGCACUUACACUUGCAGAAAUAUUCUGUUGUACACAUGUAAAAUUAUUUUGAUGUGCCCUUGUUAGGCGUUGAACUUUAAUGUGUGGAGUCCGUGGAUGAUGUAUUGUAUUUAUGUGGUAUGCUACUGAAAUGAAAUAUACAUUUUAUUUGCAA